CGGGGAUAUAGGGUGCAGUUUCCAACAUUUUACGAGAGAUCAUAUCCUCGAGAGCGCAUCGUAUCGUUGCCGUGCCAGGCUGUAGUUUCCGAGCACUCCUCGUUCACCGUAGAGUUGUGAGCGUCUCUCUCUUCCGGAGGUUCUUGUUUUCGUGUUGCCCGAGGACCUUCGUCGUCGUCCUUACCAGAACUUCGUACUGCGUGAGUUUGUUCGUUUGGGGAGCUAAGUAAAGUCGCACGAUGGAUUUGGAGGACGAGACCGGCCAGUAUCAACUGCAAAUACGUCUGGGUCUGGAAGAGUGAAACUUGUGAUGCUGUCUGCGGAUUCUAAAAAUAUCUGUGUUGCAUGAGCAGCAAGAGUAGUCCAGUUCUUGGCACGCGGAGAGGGCAUUUCUCAUGCGUAAUUAGCAUCAAGAAGCUCUCAUAAAAUCUGUCAUGCUAGCACCAGCAUCACAGACCUCACGGGUCACGCAAAAUGUGCAUGACAAGCCCCGACUCUUCCAGACCUAGACAUAUUUGCAAUGCAUAGCCGGAGCACCGCUGCAAAGUCGGCCUCCACUGUGGCCGCGCGGGCGUAUCAAAUGUAAAAAUGUCUGGCUCUGGGUCUGGAAGAAUACAAACUUGUGAUGCGCAUUUCAGAACACAGAAAAAUCUCUCAUGCAUAGGUAGCAAAAGCUGCCCACUUUCUGUCACCAAAAUGCGGGAUUUGUCAUGCGGAUUCGGCAUGGCGGAAGCUUCUCGAAACCUGUGAUGCUAGAGCUUCCAUGCCAGCCCUUCUGUGUCAUGCAAAAACAGCAUGACUCUUCCGGACCCAGACUCUUUUGCAUUUGAUAGGGCGACCGAAGAUGCAAAAAACUUUCUUGUUUGGGGCAGUUGGCACGGGCACACCAUUGAAAAGCCCUUGUUGACGGAGAAAGUACGCGGGGCGGUGAAAAAGACGCUGAUCGGCAAAACAUACUGCGUCGUGCUCAGGACAGAUGGAGUCUGCGUCUCCUGGGGCGAGAGCAAGCAGGGUAAAGAUAAUGUCGAAUCUUGCUGAGAAAUGCUUUCGGAAUAAUCAAUGUUGUUCUAUCGGAUUGCGAAAUGACUGCCGCACAAGAAUCUUGACUGGCCAUGCGAACAACAAGCAAACUACUCAGGCUGCCUCGGAGUCGGACAAGAAACGACUACUUCCAUCGACCCAAAAACGGUGCGCAUACCCGAUCGCGUCGUGGAUAUCGCCCAGGGCGGGAAGCACGUCCUCGCCUUGACACAGGCAGGCAAGGUGUACAGCUGGGGGCACAACGAAUUUGGCCAGCUCGGCGUCGGAGAUUUGAGUGGGAAGUACACGCCAAAGGAGGUGACUGGGUUGUCCGACUCGGUGAAGCAAAUACUGGCGGUUGAUAACUGCAGUUUCGCGUUGACGGAAAAGGGCGAUGUCUUCGCCUGGGGGGACAGCUUGUGUGGCCUGAUCCCGAUCGAUUCCGAGGAGGACAAUUUGAUGACCGCGACGCCGCUUCUAGGCCUGCACCCCUACGCGAUCCGCCACAUCGACAUCGUGCACGGGGACGAGGGACAAAAGACCAUGAUGGUAUCCUGAGAAAAAAGUGUUACAGUGACACAUUGUGUUGCAGGCCAAGCAAGACAGGCAAGCUCUGUCAUGCCGGAUAUGCAUAGGAGCCUCGCUUCAUAGGUGUUUUCCCGUAGGAUUUCAUCUGCAUUACUUUCAUGCAGAGAAAUUUGUGUUGCUGAAUUGACUACAAAUGUGUAUCUCUAACACUUUUUUCGUGGGAUAGAUGGCGUACAUCGACUACUACGAGGCGGACGACCACGAAGAGGGGCUGUUCACAGAACCGGCGGAAGACCACAUGGAGGCCGAGGAAGCAGCGCUCGGCGGUGCGGGCGACGGACCCCCCGUGGAGGAUAAAGACAGCUUUCUCUUCCAGGGGAUUCACAUGCUGCGGGAGUGCCUGGACACGACAAAAGUUUGGUACGAAGAGAUUACAAAGCUUCGUCACGGUAUCGUACGAAAAAAGUGCUUCACUGUAAGUUUUGCAUCACAAGUUUGUUCUACAUGACAAGGAAAAUUUGCCAUGCAAGGUUCCUAAGGGAAAACACAGCUAAAAAUCCACUGUCUUGCAUGUGUAGUAUCAAGACAAACACUUGUGAGAUACAUUUUCUGCAUUACAAGUUUACAGUGAAGCAGUUUUUUCUGGCGAUACACGGAGCACCCUACGAACUGGACGCGGACGAUAACUUCUUGAUAUAUCAAAUGCAAAAAUGCCUGGGUCUGGAAGAAUACAAACUUGUGAUGCGCAUUUCGGAACACAGAAAAAUCUCUCAUGCAUGGGUAGCAAAAGCUGCCCACUUUCUGUCACCAAAGUGGGGGAUUUGUCAUGCGGAUUCGGCAUUGCGGAAGCUUCUCGAAACCUGUAAUGCUAGAGCUUCCAUGCCAGACCUUCUGUGUCAUGCAAAAACAGCAUGACUCUUUCAGACCCAGACACUUUUGCAUUUGAUAUGAUAAAAAGCAAUCCAAUCGCAAACACGGAAGAGGAACUCAAGAAGAUACGCGCAACGGAAGUCACGACCUACGACAUGGACGCGAACUCGGCAGUGGAAGUGCUUUAUUCCGCGUUGACUGUUUUUGACAAACUGAUCAAGUGCCAAGAGCUGCAGAACAGGGAAUUGAAGAAAAUCGAGUCCAAAAGCGCGAAGUAUACUUGUUAAGCUUGAUUUCUGAUUUUCCCGCCUCUAUUUUUCUCGCCGGUGGCCGGGCGAAGCUCCUGCUCCAGCUCCACUUAGGUUAGGUGCCAAAAAAUAAAUGCCUGGACAUCGACGUUCUGUCGAAUUUUAAGGUAAGAACCUCCAACAUGUGAACAUAAUCCAUUUCACAUUCACAGGUUAGUGGGCGCGCUCUUCAUGGAACUGUGCUUGCUUCGGCGGGAAAAAGUGCAGCGCACGAUUCUCGCGAGGGAUAUGUUGACGAGAAAACAGCAUGUCGAGAACCUGGCUGCUUUCGCGCAGACGGAAAAAAACAACAAAGAGCGGUACCAGCAGUGCAUUUCGCAACUGAGGGACAACUCCAGGCAAAUACGUCAAGCCGCCAGUAGACACGACACGGCGCUACUGUCUCUCCAGAACGCGCUGAUUGAAAAUUGUGAACUCAGAAUAGCAAAUCUGGACAUGGAGCUACAAAUGACGAGCCGUGUGGUUCCAGCGGGAGAACUGCAGGGGAACGCAAUAGCGCAGCUGCGCCAAGUCUGGACAGACUUGAAAAGCUUCUCGUAUACUUUGGUGGCUUUAUUUCUCACUCAUCGAUACAACCACGAACAACGAAGGAGAAGCAGACUUCUCCUUCAUUCGAUUUCUUGAUUGGAAAAAUUCAAACGGCACCAUCAAUUUGUAACACGCAUCCUUCUAGGUUGACGACCAUGUUCGAUGAAGUGGACGAAGCGGGCUUUGAAAGCGGACAUCUGCAUCAGCUCGUGCGCAUGGUAAACACCAAGAUAGACGGCGCGCUGGACCAGUUUUCUACCGACAAUCAGCUCUUUGGACACGAAGGCGUACUGCCGACCUUUAUCUAUGAGCUGCUGAUUGAAACUGGCGAGCUGCGCAAGGCGCUCCACGCAUACCAACUUCGGACGUUGCUGAAAGAGAAACGCGAACUUCGCGCUGCCGGGCUUGCGGCUGCAAACGCAGACGCGCUCGAGGGGGAGACGCCGCGAAUGUAGGUGUCAACUUCUUCUUACGCUCAUGAUGAUGAUGAUAGUCUUGCCAUUCCUUUGAGGAAAGCAGUGCUCUCAAGAAUCUACGCAUGUUUUCUUUUCCACCAGAGACACUUGACAUCAAACAAGAGUUCCUGGUAAACCCUUUUUCCGAGAAGUUUACGCUGCAAGGCGCAGACGCAGACGCAGAAAAAAAAAUGGUAUAGAAUCCCCG